AGCUGGGUCGCGUCUCCCUGAGCGCUGCGGAGAGCGGACGGCACGGAUAGUGAGAGCGCGAAUCGCACUUCACAAGCGGCCGUUCGGAGACUCUUCUUCUUCCUCCUCCUCCUCCUGCUCCUCCGCUUCAUCAUCAUCCUCCUCCUCCUCCACUCUCACUUCUUGUUUGGCGGCGAGCUGAGGAGGACGCUUCAUCUCCGCGGUGCCGGGUAAUGCUCGCUGGCUCCAGCGCCGCGCCGGAGCGGCUGAGCGCGGCUCGGCGCACGUGAGAUGCGCGGCCCGGCGCGCGCGCUCCCGCACGCCAGGAGGACCAAGCGGCGGCGCCUGCAGCUCGCGGCGGCCGCCACCGCCACCGCCAUGAUGAUGAUGAACGCGGCGGUCGGCGACACCGCCGGGGCCUCCGCGCCGGCGCCCCUGGCCGCGGUGCCGCUCCCGCCCGGGGUGGCCGAGAGGGACGUCGACGCGGAGAGCUCGGCCGUGCUGCGCACGCUUCUGCGCGGGGACGGCCGCGGAGGGCGGCACUUCCACGAUGACUGCUCGGCGUACGGGGCCCACCUGGCGCACCUGAAGGCGGCGGCGGCCGCUCGCCGGGCCGUCGGAGUCGAGAACGGUGACGGCGGCAACGGCGAUGGAGGGGCGGCCGAGAGGAGGGCGGACGCGGCGUUCGCCGGGGCCGACGAUUUUGCGCGACGGCCGGUCCCGUCGUCGUCGUCCCCCCCACCUUGCGCGUCCCCCUCGGACAGAGACCGCUCCCCACCGGCCCACGGGGCCCAGCCGCCGGGGGCCUUCGCGGAGCCGGGCAGCCGCACGUACGACGAGAGGCUGCACCAGGUGAAGAGGGCGCGCGUGGAGAACAUCAUCCGCGGCAUCAGCGUGUCGCCCGGCGCCGCGCUCAGGGACCGGGACGUGGCGGGGGCCGCACGGCAGCCCCCCCAAGAGUGGGAGGUCGGGGCGGGCGACGCGGCCGGGGGUGGCGUCUCGUCGAUGGAGCAGGAUGAGGAGGAGGCCUCGGGGCAGCUGAGCCCGCACGAUGGACAGCAGCGGGAGAAUAAGCGCAAGCAGAGGCUGCCUCAGCAGCAGCAGGUUCAGCAGCAGCAGCAGCAGCUUGAGCAGGCCCAACAGCAGCAAAAGCUGGAAGAGCGCCGGCGGCUGAAACAGCAGCUGGAGCAGCUUCAGAAGCAGCUGCGGCACCUGCAGGAGCGCUUCCUGCAGGUGUACAACCACAGCAGCGAGUCGGACAAUGAGGAGGAGGAGGAGGAGAACGGCGACGUGGACACGUCCGACGAGGGCGUGUCGUCGGACGUGUGCGAGUCGGCGCGCCGCUUCUCGGUGGACACCACGUGCCACGCCGGCGGGCAGCUCAACCGCACUCGCACGCUGGUGCCCGUGCAGGGUGUCGUGCGCGAGAGCGACCGCAAGGGGCCCGGCGAGGCCGGCAAGGGGCACGUGCCCGAGGGUGGCGCCGGCGGCGGCGGCCGGGGCUGGCAGCUGGAGGACGGCAAGGAGUUCGCCGAGACGCUGAAGAAGAAGCUCACCAACUCGGUGUCGCAGGUCGUGGACACGGUGGUGCACAUGUUCGCGCCCAAGCAGCCCGCCGCCGGCGUCGGAGAGCUCGCCGGCCCGCAGAGCUGCGCGCCGCUCAAAACGCCGGUCGAGACCUCCGCCGGCCCCGGAGCCGUCGCCGCCAACGGCAACGAGCCCCCCGGCUUCCUCGAGCGCCGUGGCCUGCUGCAGCGGCUGAGCGACGCCAACACGGUGGCCGGCGCCCGCCCGGGGCUCCCGCCGCCCGCCCGCGCCGGCUCUCAGCGGCACGACGACGACGACGACGACGACGACGACGACGUGGACCAGACGGAGGCCCUCUCGCUGGUGGUGCGCAAGCUGUCGCCAGAGCGUCCCUCGACCGUCGUCGCGUACCACCACCACCAGCACCAGCAGCAGCAGCAGCACCAGCAGCACCGCGGCGAGCGGCUGCCAUCCCCGGCGAUCCACCACGGCGGGCACGGCUACCCGGGAGCGUCGCCGCUGCACCACCUGCCGCCGGGCUUCCCCCUGCACCACCACCACCACCCGGGGCUGAGCCUGCCCAUCCUGGCCUACACGCUGGCCGGUGGACUCGACCGCGUCGGGCCGGGAGGCGCGCCGCCGCCGCCGCAGCCUCCGCCGCCCUCGUUUGCGACGUCCAAGCUCGACUCGCCGCCCCUGGAGCUGGUGGAGGGGCUGUCGCGGGAGAGCCACCUGGGGGGCGGGCGGCUACGCGGCUACCAUCAUCAUCACCAGCAGCACCAUCAUCAUCAUCAGCAGCAGCUGCAGCAGCAUCAUCAGCAGCAGCAGCAUCAUCAUCAUCACCAGCAGCAGCUGCUGAUGUCGCACGGGCAGAAUAACGCGCCGUCGCCGGUGCUGACCACCGCGUCGGGAGACGCGCUGUCGCUCGCCAUGGUCAAGUCGGAGUGCGGGGAGCAGUCGGACUCGGCAGACGUGUCGCCCUACUCGGCCACCACCCUCCAGGAGGGCCUCACUCCGAGCCACCUCAAGAAGGCCAAGCUCAUGUUCUUCUACUCGCGCUACCCCAGCUCCAACAUGCUCAAGAUCUACUUCUCAGACGUCAAGUUCAACAGGUGUAUCACGUCGCAGCUCAUCAAGUGGUUCAGCAACUUCCGCGAGUUCUACUACAUCCAGGUGGAAAAGUUCGCGCGGCAGGCGAUCACGGAGGGCGUGACCAACGUCGACGAGCUGAGGGUGACGCGUGACUGCGAGCUCUUCCGGGCGCUCAACGUCCACUACAACAAGGCCAACGACUUCGAGGUGCCGGUGCGCUUCCUGGAGGUGUCCGAGAUCACGCUGCGAGAGUUUUUCACGGCCAUCACCGCCGGGAAGGACGCCGACCCGUCGUGGAAGAAGGCGAUCUACAAGGUGAUCUGCAAGAUGGACUCGGAGGUCCCUGACGGUUUCCGUCUCUCCGGCUGCUCGCAGGACAGCCUCCUGCAGUGACCUCCGGCGGUGACGCGCCCUCCCCACCAACGCCCCCCCACCCAACACCACCGCCUCCCUCCGCAAGGCUGGGGCAGGAGGGGAAACUCUGUGACGGCUGUGAGUGCAAGCUGCCUGGCUGGCCACGUGCUCUCGAGAGAGGGAGAACAAAACAAGCCCCCCCCCCCCCCCCGCCGGCUUUGUCCAGCCUCGUCACAGAAACCCCGAAACGAACCACGAGAAGUUACUCGGUAAAACACAACAGCGUCGGCGGUGACGGUCGUGUUCAAACGACCACGACGGCGAAAAUACAUUUUUUGUUCUUCUUGCAGGAAUUAAAACUGCGGGACGAGUUUAGAAUGGAAACAAACGACAACUAUUUAGGGUUCUGCAUAGGACGCAAGGGGGGGGGGGGGUGUGCGUCACCCCGCGAAAGAUUGGACUCGUGUUUAGCAAAAUGGAAGAGAGAGACAGCCGUCUGUGGGUCGAGCCGGUGGCCCCGGUCGGUCACGACGUUGUCGGUACCUUGCCGGCACGUUGGCGGCAACUUGGAGGUACGUUAGCCGGUACAUUUUCCGGUACGUUGCCGCACGCUUGCCGGAACGUUGCCACCAACGUUGGCGGUGCGCACACGACCCCAACCCCCUCCCACCCCGAGAGGUAAACGUGGCGGCGGCCUCUUGCGCGCGGUGCCACCGUUGCCAGGCGGGACUUCCGACAAGCGGGAGGCUCCGCUGGAAUGCCGUCGGGAGGCGAGGGGCCAUCGGUGGCUGUGGCCGUGGCGCGAAUGGACUGUUUUUAUUUAUGUGAAAUGACU